AUAAUUAACUGGUACAAAGGAAGCCCAACACUAUGGCAUUAUCAUUAAAAAUACAUGUUGUCAAAAAUAGCAGUGUAAAAACGUUACAGUUUAAUCCAGAAGCAACCGUUGCAGAAGCAUUACGAAUAAUAAGAGACAAGGUACCAGAUGCCUCUCCUGGAAAAGCUGCUGAUUAUGGCCUGUUUCUACCAUCUGAUGAACUAUCAAAAGGAAAAUGGUUAGAGCCAGCAAGAUCACUAAACUUUUACCCUCUCAAGAAUGGAGAUGCAGUUGAAUAUAAAACUAAAAUUCGACUUAUCAAGAUCAAAAUGAUGGAUAACAACCUCAAAACUCUACAGAUUGAUGACAGUCACACAUGUGGACAAAUUCUUGAGACAAUUUGUGCAAAAUUAGGAAUAUCAAACCCAGAAGAAUUUUCACUGUUGGUAGAAGGAAUCAAGGAUGAAAAAGAGGAAUCAGAAAAGACAGCUACUAUGAAAAGGGAUAAAUCUAUGAAAGAUGUCCCUAUCAAACGAAUGGAAGAAAGAGACAGAAAGAAGAUGGAACAGUUAAAAAAGAAACUACACACAGAAGAUGAUGUCCGUUGGCUUGAUCAUGACAAGACACUAAGAGAGCUUGCAGUCAGUGACACAGACACAGUUGUAAUGAGGAGGAAGUACUUUUAUUCAGAUCAAAAUGUYGAUAUUAAGGAUCCUGUCCAGUUAAAUCUACUCUAUGUCCAGUGUCGYGAUGGAAUCCUUGAUGGCACCCAUCCAUGUACUGUYGAAGAGGCUUCACAGCUUGGUGCUAUUCAAAUUCAAGUACAAUUUGGAGAUUAUGAUGAAGGAAAAUACAAAUUAAUUGAUCUAAAAGAAUUCCURCCUUCCUACUAUGUCAAGUCAAAGAACAUUGAUAAAAAGAUCAAAGAGGAACACAAAAAGCUUGGUGGUUUGGAUGAACUUCAAGGACGAUAUAGAUAUGUUCAGCUGUGUCGUGGCCUCAAGACGUAUGGUGUCACUUUUUUCCUUGUUAAGGAAAAAAUGAAGGGUAAAAACAAGCUAGUUCCCAGGCUUUUGGGUAUMACCAAGGAGAGUAUCCUUAGAGUUGACGAGAAGACAAAAGAGGUUAUGAAAACAUGGCCAUUAACAACUGUUCGCAGAUGGGCAGCAUCACCCAAUAGUUUUACAUUGGAUUUUGGAGACUACACUGAGUCAUAUUACUCUGUACAAACCCAUGAGGGUGAAAAGAUAUCACAGCUUAUUGCUGGCUACAUUGAUAUUAUUCUUAAAAAGCGUAAAGGUUUGGAGGGUUUUGAUCCAGACUUUGAUGAAGAGUCCACUAUGGAAGAAGAUUCUGUCAGUCCUUCAAAGGGAACCUAUCUUGACCGCCAAACCAACAAAGUUGGUCAUGCAUCUGURGGAUCUGUUGCAUUGCCUGCUGUGGUCAGAACAGGUGGACAAGGUGCAUCCCGAUACAGCAUGGGUAAAAUGGAACCAGCCCAAUAUGGUACCAUGUCAGGAUCAGCACACUCAGCUCAUAGGCCACCUAUGGGUACCCAAGGCAAACUUCACAAUCUAACCCCAGCACARCAGGCMUAUAUGAGUAGUCUCAGCCAUGGAAUUGACUCCAUUGACAACGCUGACCAAGAGCUAAAGAACCCACUUAACGUCAUUGCACUUGGCUCAGAUCCGGCUUCGUUAAAGUGGAAGCAGAACACGCUUGACGUGUCCAGACAGAAUGUYGCCUCGAGACUUGCAGCUCUUUCAGCAUCGUGUGCGUCCAUUGUCAAUGUCACAGCUGGUGAACCUGAUGAUUCUAAUUACACUGCGGCUGGUGCUGCUGUCAAUGUCAUAUCUGCUAACCUUCAAGAUUUGUCUAAAGGCAUCAAAAUGAUUGCCAGUCUUCUUGACGACACUGAUGACAGCAACAAACUCCUAGAUGCAGCUCGUGGAUUGGCAUCAGCAUUCUCUAACAUGUUGAAAGCUGCUCAGGAAGGAUCUAAUGGCGAUAAAGAGAAACGAGGCAAACUUCUCAGCGCUGCAGGUGAUGUUGGCUCAUCUGGUGCUCAGUUGCUGGAAUACAUGGGCGAACCUGAUGUUGACCAGAAAACUCAGGAAAUGCUGCUUCAAUUAGCUCAAGCAGUUGCCAACGCAACAGCAACCCUUGUCCUCAAGGGAAAGAAUGUUGCAAGCCAGUGUCCCGACACUGCUCAACAAGCAAAGGUCAUAGGUGCUGCCAAGGACACAGCCAUGACGACCUCACAACUUGURGCUUGUGUCAAGCUUGUCGUGCCGACGAUCAGCAGCCAGAUGUGUCAAGAUCAGGUGGUCGAGGCCGCCAAACAAGUUGCUAAAGCUGUUGGUGACACAGAAGAUGCGUGUAAGCAAGCUGCACCAAGUGAUUCAGAAGACUUAGCAUCUCUAAUCGCCGCCGCUCAAGGAGUAMGCGAUGCUCUAAAUGAGUUAYUAACCAAGGUACGRGAAGGAGGAAUCAAGCCAGAGGAGGGAGAGAAGUACGACGAGACUUGUGAUGAUAUCCUUGGUGCUACAGAYAGACUGUUCAAUAGUAUGGGAAAUGCUGGUGAGAUGGUCAAACAAGCCAAGAUACUUGCUCAGGCCACGUCAUCUUUGGUCAGCGGUAUCAAAUCAGAAGCUGAAACACAGGACGAUAAUGACUCGCAGAAAAGGCUAUUGGCAGCUGCUAAGAUACUUGCCGACGCUACUGCCAAACUUGUCGAGGCUGCAAAAGGAGCAGCAAAGAAUCCUAACGAUGAACAAGAACAAKAGAAGCUUAGACGAGCAGCUGAAGACCUUCGCUCUGCUACUAACACUGCAGCCAGUGAUGCMCUGAAGAAAAAACUCGUCAGAAGACUCGAGAAAGCCGCAAAGGAAGCUGCAGGACAGGCUACUCAGCUCAUCGCAGCAGCCAAUGCUGCCGGGCCUUCUAAUAGGAACCAGACCUCUCAGCAGCAACUGGAUGACAUGAUUAAACCGGUAGAAGACCAAAUCAGUAAGCUCCUUGAAUCUGUGGGAGAUUUGUACAACAACCCAGAAGAUCCCGGCAGCCAACUGGGUCUUAUCACUGAGUCAAAAUUAUUUAUUGUGCCUGUAGCCAAGCUAGUAGCAACCUCCAAGGCCGCCUUGCCUACGAUAGGYGAGCCCAUGUAYGCUGCUCAGCUGGAUAACUUCGUCAAGAGUACUGCMCAAAAACUGUCUGAUCUUAGAGAUGCUGCAGACAAAGCGGCUGAAGCUUGUGGCUCUUUAGAGUUGGACAGUGCGCUCAAACAGCUCAAGGCACUGGAAAAAGACUUGAAUGAUAUAGAAAAAGCAGCCGAUAAGGGAGAACUUGUCCCUCUMCCUGGCGAGACGCCUGAAUCCUGUGCUCUUGAGCUUGGUGCUACGUCAAAGAGUGUUGGGUCUUGCAUGGCACAGCUGCUGACCGCUGCUGCUGGGGGUAAUGAGAAGUUCACCGGCACAGCUGCACGUGACACGGGCAAUGCUCUCAAGAUCCUCGUGUCAUCAGUUCGUGGGGUGGCUGCAGGAACGCCUGACAGAAAAGAUCGCGAAAAAAUCAUCGAUGCUGCACGGAAAGUUAUUGUCGAAUCUGGCAAACUAAUUGAAGAAGCUAAAAAUGCUUUGGCUAAUCCWGGUGAUCCCAAGAAUCAGCAGCGGCUUGCACAGGUCGCCAAGAACGUUUCUCAAGCACUCAAUAACUGCGUGAACUGUCUGCCUGGACAACGUGACGUAGAGGAUGCCAUUAAAGCAGUAUCUGCCUCCAAUCAGGCUUUAGCAAGAGGAGAGUUUCCUCCUACUAACAAACCCUACCACCAAGUGCAAGAGCGGGUGAGUCAGACUGGCGCUGCUCUCAACGCCGCCGCUGGUGAUGUGGUGUCGGCGUCACGUGGUACACCCAAUCAACUCGCUAACUCAACCAAAAAAUUUUCUGUAUCGUAUCAAGACUUGGUAGACAGCGGUCUUACCCUCGCAGGACAAGCGCCGGACGAUGCUGCUAAAGACACAAUGGUACGCAACCUGAAGAACACUUCAACUGCAUCCAGUAAACUGCUGCUUGCUGCUAAGUCACUAGUCACGGACCCCAGCGCACCGAAUGCUAAAAAUGCUUUGGCUAACGCUGCUAGGGGAGUCACGGACAGCAUCAACAUGUUGUUGAAUGCUUGUAUGUCAGCAGCUCCUGGGCAGAAGGAAUGUGAUAACGCCGUWCGUAAUAUUCAGGCAAUGAACAAUGUAUUAGAAAAUCCAGUAGAGCCUGUCAACGAUGAUACGUACUUCGACUGCUUAGAGACGGUAUCCAGGGAAUCCAGGGAYCUUGCCGAGUCAAUGCCAGUUAUCUCGGACAGUAUCAAGUCAGCUGAUUACAAUAAAUUUGAUUCGACAGUUCGACGCGCGUCCGAUGCUGUAUGCGCUUUAACCGAGUCCGCUGCACAGGCAGCAUACUUGGUCGCCGUCGCUGAUCCGUCAAGUACUGCCGGUCGUCCAGGUCUAAUCGAUCAAGAUAAGUUCCUUAAAGCCCGUAACGAAAUCAACGAUGCYUGCUCUAGUUUACUGGAUCCUGAUUCCAGUCAACAAAAGGUAUUAGCUGCAGCCACGUCGGUCGCCAAACAUACCUCUGCCCUUUGUAACGCGUGUAAGACUGCAUCAGCUAAGACUACUAAUCCUGCAGCUAAAAGACAGUUCGUCCAGUCGGCUAAAGAUGUCGCUAACAAUACUGCAACACUGGUAAAGAAUAUCAAGACAUUCGCUGGAAACAUGAACGAGGAUAACAGGCUGUCCUGCGCCGAUGCAACCAAGCCACUUCGUAACAGCGUACACAGCCUAACAGCGUAUGCGCUGUCACCUGAAUUUGCYUCAGUYCCCGCCAGAAUAAGUGACGAGGCUCGCUCGGCCCAGGUUCCUGUAAUAAUGGCCGGGAAAUCAGUGGCGACGACUGGUACGAAUUACUUCAACGCUGCCAAGAUAGGCGUGGUGAAUCCAAAGGACCARCAGGCUAUGUAUCAAAUGCAGCAGUCUGCUAAAGCUGUAGCUGAUGCUAUGAAGAGACUUAUCACGGCCAUCAARGACAACGCACCAGGACAAAGAGAAUGCGACGAGGCACUUGAUAAAAUCAACCAAGUUAUUAACGAUCUUGACCAGGCGUCCCUCUCAAGUAUCAGUGAGGGUCUGGCACCAAGAACAGACAAUACGUUACGAGGUUACCAAGAGAAGAUGCAGCARAAUUUACACCAGAUAAGUGACAAUGUCGAUCCUCUUGCUGUAGCAGCGAAAUCAGAACCAGAGAACAUCGGCCAUAAGGUUGCCAAGYUAACAGACUUCUUAGUGCCUCUCUGCGAUGCCACCAUAGGCACAGCAUCUCUUAUGAACAACGUCGAUCGUAAAGCUGACAUGUUAGACCAGACCAAGACUGUAGCAGAGUGUGCUGCUCAAAUGAUGUACGCCGCUAAAGCUGGUGGUGGCAAUCCAAAGAAUACUGAUGCUCACCCAGCGAUUGACGAGGCAGCUGAAAGCAUGAAGGAUGCAUUACGAGACUUGACAGACACAGUUGAGAAAGAUGCCAGUGAAUCUGGUGUAGUUUCUGGACUGGUUGAUAGUAUCAGCAAGACUUUGACUAGCAUCGACGGCCCAAUGGAUCCAGUCCAUGCCAAGAUACGUGAAGCUGAUCAACCGUUUGUAUACUACCAAGAACGAAUGACCAAAGCAAUGAAAGAACUUACUCGCAGAGCUCAAGAUAUGGUUGGCAAGUCCAGCACCGACCCCACUAAGCUAGGACCCUUAGCCAAAGACAUCAGCAACCUCUAUGACGAUAUUGCUAAGAAUUCUAAAGGUGCCGUGGCUACUGUCGGGAAUCAACAGAUUGCACAGCGUAUCAGAAAUGGUGUYCAGGGUCUUGGAGAAUCAUGCAUUGGUCUUGUACAAAGCGGUGGUGAAGUCCAGAACAGACCAAAUGACCCUUACUCCAAGAAAGAACUCUCUGAUAACAGCAAACGUGUCGCUGAAAAGGUGUCCCAUCUACUAUCUGCACUAAUGGCCGGGUCACGUGGUACUCAAGCUUGCAUUAAUGCUGCCGCUACUGUUAAUGCGAUCGUGAAUGACCUGGACACUACUGUCAUGUUUGCAACCGCUGGUACGAUGAAUCCUGAAAACCAAAAUGACAACUUCGCUGACCACAGAGAGGACAUCCUUAAGAAUGCCAAGGUCUUAGUCGAGGAUACUAAGAAAUUAGUGGCCGCUGCCCAAUCAUCACAAGACGUCCUGGCUACAGCAGCCGAAUCAUCGGUCGGCAGUGUCUCAAAACUCUCUGAGCACGUUAUGGAACCACUCAAGUCAUCUGCUAAGACAAUGGUAUCCAACGUGUCAUCGUUACUCAUGACCGUCAAGACAGUAGAAGAUAAAUCAAUGCGAGGRACACGCGCACUCGAAUCAACCAACGAAGCAGUCAAACAGGCUAUACUGGUAUUAAACUCACCUUCACCACCAACACGCGACGCUUCUCCUGAGGACCUCAUUAGAAGCACAAAAGGCGUCACCUUAGCAACAGCUAAAGUYGUUGCUGCUGGUAACUCGUGUAACCAAGACGACGCCAUCGCUGCUGCCAAUAUGGGUCGACAAGCCGUCACGGAGAUGCUGACGAUUUGUAAGGUACAAUUUCCAAGGCAAAUUGAAAUAAUAAUAUGGAUUAAAAAAAAAGAAAAUUUGUUGUUGCUGUUUUAGAUAAUUCAAAAACCAACCCCUGAAAAGAAGUCACGCUUGAUGCCCUUAUCGAAGAACGUAGCUGAUAAAGUAGGAAAACUUGUACGGAACGCAGAACAGCUUAAAGGUUCAGAUUGGGUCAAUCCUGAAGAUCCUAACGUCAUCGCUGAGAAUGAACUGCUUGGAGCUGCAGCAGCGAUAGAGGCGGCUGCUCGUAAAUUAGCAGAACUUAAACCAAAACCACGGCCUAAGCAAGCUGAUAUGACCUUAAACUUCGAGGAACAAAUCCUAGAAGCAGCUAAGGCCAUCACGGCCGCUACUGUUGCUUUGGUCAAGAGCGCUUCAGCUGCGCAGAGAGAACUUGUGGCUACAGGAAGGGUGUUUUCUGCCUCCUCUGACGCCAGAGAAGACAACCAGUGGUCAUUCGGUCUUGUUUCAGCGGCCCGCACCGUAGCAGCAGCCACUCAGACUCUGUGUGACGCAGCAAAUGCCGCUGUCCAAGGUAACGCCAGCGAAGAAAGACUAAUCGCNUAUAAUAUAAUAUGGAGUAAAGCUGUCAUUUCGAUUAAAWACUUAUUUUCGAGGUUUUUCUCUACAAUGUCUUUUAUAUGGUUAGGUUGGGUUUUUAUUCACGAUGUGUUUUCGUUUCAGGUUGCUGGAAAUGCCGUCAAACAGGCCGCUGACAACCUCGUCCGAGCUGCCAAGAACGCCGCCAUAUUCGAAGAAGAAGAGACCACAGUUAUUAUUAACCAGCGGUUUGUCGGUGGUAUCGCACAGGAGCUCGARGCCCAAGAACAAGUACUUCGUAUCGAGAAAGAACUCGAGCUUGCUCGGUUGAAACUCGGAAAGAUUCGRCAGGCGCGAUAUGUACCCGAAGAUGACGAGUAGAAUGUUAUAGUUAUAAAUCGAUUAGAAUUUUCUAAAAUUUUAAAUUCGGCAGUAUUCAUAAGAGUUCUUGAAUGAACCAGACUAUAGUUAAAUAAACUUGUAUAAGUAAAUAUAUUUUUAGGAGAAUAUUGGCAAAAAUGAAUUAGUUUGCAUUGAAUAUCUAAUAAAACUAACAAGAAUAUGACA